AUGCCACUCCCUGCGCCGUUCCGGGUCUUCUCCCCACCCUCCUCCGCCUCCUCCGCUGCCGCCAGCCCCGCCGGAGCGCAGCGCUCGUUGCUCUACGGGCGCCGCUCGCCGCUCGCGGGAGCGCUCUUGUUCUUCAGCAUCGGCGCCGUCAGCGCUGCGGUCGCCUGCAGGACGGGGUGCUCCAUCUCCCACCGACGCCUCCCCUUCCUCGGGGUAAGAGGUCUCAGUUCUACUCGAAUGGAGUCCGCUUCCACCACAGUGCCAUCCAUUGUCGUGUAUGUGACAGUUCCAAACAGAGAAGCAGGCAAGAAGCUGUCACACAGCAUCAUCAGCGAGAAGCUUGCUGCUUGUGUCAAUAUAGUGCCUGGCAUUGAAUCCGUUUACUGGUGGGAGGGAAAGGUGCAAUCUGAUACUGAGGAAUUGCUCAUCAUCAAGACCAGGGAAUCACUUCUGGAUGCCUUGACUGCACAUGUCAAAGCCAACCAUGAAUAUGAUGUUCCUGAAGUUAUUGCUCUACCCAUAACUGGGGGUAACACCAAGUAUUUGGAAUGGCUCAAGAACAGCACUAGGGACAACUGA